AUGAAGCUCAACCUCAUUGCUCUGGCUUCCCUGGUCGCCCUGACCGCGGCUCAGUCGACCGAUUCUACCUCUGAGGCAGCCACCGGCACCACUGCUGCUCCUACGACGACUGUCAGCUUGACUCCUCAACAGUCCUGCGCUAAGAAGUGCGACCAAACCGAUCUGUGCUGCAUCGCAGGAUGCUUCCAGGUCCCUUGCCCCAACGACUCUCAGGCUAACGACACCAAUACUUGCGUCGCCGCCUGCCCCCAGGGCAGUGGUACCCCGGCUGACACUGACCGCUACGCCGCCUGCCAGAGCUCCUGCUACAGCAGCCACUUCUUCCCCAUCACUGCCACGGGUAACUCUGGAGCUUCCAAGACCUCCGCCAGCGACUCUUCUGCCACCACCACUGGCAAGGACAGCUCUUCCACCGAUUCCAGCGAAUCCUCCGGCUCCCGCUCUUCGGGCUCUAAGUCUAGUGGCACUGGUACCAGCACUGGAACUGCUGCCACCAGCUCCGAGACCAAUGCUGCCUCUGUCGCCAAGCUUCAGCUUGGUGUCUCUGCCGCCGGUAUUGCUGGUGUCGCCUUCGGUAUCUGGGCUCUGUAA